AAACAACAUGAACAUAUAUCUCUUGUGACGUCUAACUCCAAGACAGACCACCACCCCAUGAAUCAAAUCCAAUCCGAGAUGCUAUCUGUUGUGAUUUGAUCUUCGAGACUUUCUAAUUAAGUGACCCGAAAAAGGAAAGAAAAUUAAGCAUUAUAGUUAACUUUGGUCCGACACAUUUCUUCCUCGUUUUCAUUGCUUUUUAAACUUCCCAAAAACCGCCUCCGACGGUGCCCUCAUCUUCAGUUCCCACCACCGGACCAGAUGACACAUUCUUCCUAAAAUUAUCCCUCAGCUCCAGGUAUUGUCAACUUCCUUGUGCGAUUCCACGACUUCGUUGCUUUCCUCGUCUUGUUUCCCCCAAAGGCUUGAAAAAUGAACUUCUUCCCACCUUCAUUUAUUGUGUGCAGAUUUUUCAUAUUGCUGGACUUGGUGAAAUCGAUAAAUUCCGUAUUUCCUCGUUUUCUUUGAUUAGAUAUGUCUAUGAGAUCUUUCUGUCCUUCAUAAGAUGAGGAGGGUCCGGCCAAAGACAGCUUCUAUAUAAUGUAUAGAGAUUCAGUAUCCAUUUGAUUGUUUUUACCUUUACGAACUACAGGUGUGAUAUUAUUUUCUUGCCCCCCCUCUGCUAUGGUCCUUGGAUUUGUUUUACUGAUCUUUUAUUAAAAACAUGAUAUUACACCUAGAUAUUCUUGUUUAUCCCAUCUUCAAUCUUUCGAUCUACAUGGUGGCAAACUUGAAACGUUGAUUGCAAAAUUUGGGGUUUGGACACCUCUUCAUCUGUACUUGAGUUGCUUUAUUACUGGAAGGUUUUAAUUGCAUUCAUAUUUUAAAGAUUCAGGAGGAUAAACAUAAUUAUAUUGAUUAUGUUUUUGAGGAAUAAGUGAAAAUGUCCUUGCAUUAAGUUCGUUAUCUUUUUGGUUUGGUUUGUCAAACAGCCACUCGGCCCACACAAUAGGUUCAUUGUGAAAUUUCCAAUUGUUGUUUUAAUAGUUUACUGCUUAGCCAUUGGGAUAUAGCAUAAUGGCAUCAGCAGACUUAUAGCAUGCUUGAGCCCAUUGCCAUGAGGUAUUCUGUGGUUGAGUUUAGGUUUUCAGUUUAUGUUUUCUACUAGCAUGCAUUGCCAUGAAAAGAGACUUCUCUAUGCUUACACAAGCAUGAAGAACUUUAGAAAACGUUGGGAACAAUUAUGAUUCUUUUAGGUUAGCCUUUUAAGCAAAUCUCAUUAACUUCAAAUAUCUUGUUGUUAUCUUGAUUUGCCUCUGCAAAAGAAGUUUUAGAUGUUUUAGAAGGGAAGUAAUUCAUAUUGGAAAUUACUUUAUGACCAAAUACCUUUACCUGGUUUAUUAGGUAAUGUAUUCUUUUUAACGCAAAAAUGUAACAGGAAAGGGAUACUAGGGAAGUGGGAGCACCCCACAUACCUAAGAAACAGAGACACGCAAUAUACAUGCUCACACAAGUUAAGGAAGCACAGGAGCCUUCUAGGAAAUCAGGUGAGUUGAAAAACAUUGGAUAAAUACUCUAGAAAGUGCCAUAAGUUGGCAUGGAAGGCAAUGGUGAUCAGACGAUGCUGAAGCCAUCAGUUAUUUUAACUGGAACAGCCAAGGAAGGGAGUUCUGGCCCUCCUAUUGGUCUUGUUGAUAUCGGCGUGAGUGAAGGUGCAUACCUCUUUCGUGUUGCAUUGCCUGGCGUGCGAAAAGAUCGAAGUAAGGUAAAAUUUGAGAUCAAAAGCGACGGUAAGGUUCAGAUUGAAGGAGUGAUGUCGGGUCCAGGUUUUUUAAAAGAAUCAUCAGCUAUGUACCAGAUGAAAGUCCAGCAACUUUGUCCACCAGGACCUUUUACGGUUUCUUUUAAGCUGCCUGGACCAGUUGAUCCGCGGUUGUCUUCGCCUAGUUUCCGGCCUGAUGGCAUUUUGGAAGUGGUGGUUAUGAAAUCCAGAGCCCAACCUACUGUGGCGGAUUCCCAACCACCACUGGUAGUAUAAUGAAAAGGUACAUGUAUUUGCUGGCUUUACCCCAAAGAUCAAAAACUGAUGGCAAUGAAUUUUUUUCAUUGGAAUAGAGUAUUUGUAUUUUUCUGUGUUAAAUUUUAUUUGUGUUUAACCUGGAACAUUAAAUUACUUGUAAUGUAAUUUAAUCCAUGAACUUUCCUCCUUGAACUUA